AAUAUUAGGCUUCCGAAUUUAAUCAAGCGUUUUCUGACUUUUACUUCAAGAUAAACGUAACUGAUGUUAGUUUUUACCUCUCGUAAGUAGGUUUCGGUGAAAUGAAUAGAAUAAUCCACUGAACAACAUGGCAUGCUGUCCAAAUGUCUUCUUAUUGUUUGUUUAAGUACUUGCAAUUAGAGGGUAUUUGGUAUUUUGUUAACACCAAGAAAAGUUGGUAAUAACGCUUGUCUGCUUCAUAUUGAAUGGUUUUAGAUAUUUUUAUACCUCAAGUUUUUACAGUAAUUUUUUGACUGUUUGAAAUUCUCGAAUUAUUCACUAAAAGCAACGAAUUGUAAUCUUGUAAUAUUGAAAUGGGCGUGCCUGACAUCUAUCAAAUGUAAAUUACAAUCCUUUUCUAUAGGAAUCAGUAGCUCUUGCAUUUUUAAAAAAAUUGACUGUCGAGUGGUGCUACUAUCUGGUUUCUGGAAUUAGUAGAUGUCAUCAUGCCUUAUUUGAAUGGUGAACCUUUCGUUAAACGGCAGCCACCAAGUGAUCUCUCAUUAGACGAAGAGUUAUUUUUCCUGCCCACUACGUUGGAAGUUUUUCGUGACUACGAUGACUAUUUCGAACGUACAAUUCUUGUAAAUAGUCUAACAUGGACUUGUUCAGUGUGUAAUAGAGGACCUUCCACUUACAAAGAAGCACUGGCAUGUGAGCGUGGAGACUAUCGGCAAUUGAACGCCUUUGAUAAUGCUCUGGCUUCUGCAUUGCUGUAUAUUAUUGGAGGUGCACGGAAACGAAGGCUCCCAGAACUUGUUGAACUAAUAUGUGGAUUUGCAAGUAGUCGAUUUUUCGUUGGUGAAGAGAUUGAAUUUCAGACUGCAGAUUCGAAUGUUCGGUCUCUUGGUAUUAUUGAUCGUGUGGUCGUGUCACAGAGAAAAAGCCAGUUUGAGCAUAGUGGAUUAUCGAUGGAUCCAAAUGUUCAAAAGCCUGCCUUUCCUGAUGCAUUGAAACUUCAUUACUGUGUAAGGGAGCAUAAAAAGUCUGAUAAUGUAAACCGUAUCGCCUCAAGUGUUUUGGUACCUGGAUCUAUUAUUAAUCGUCGCAGUCGUAACGUACUGGCUAGGGAUCACAUUAAGUUCUUCAUUCGCCACACGUGCGAAUUAAGAAACGGUGUUUUCACACCCAAAGUUUCGAUUUUGCAACGUUAUAAGUUACAUCCGUAUGGACCUGUGACAUGGGCUAAACUAUUUCUGCCACCAGAACCUUGUUGGUCUGAACUGACGCCUGCUCCUCCAUCCUCAAUAAUUCGAACUGUGAGCAAUCUAACGAAGGAAUCCAGUCGCCCUAUAUGCCAAGGUUUUAAAGUUAUCGAUACUUAUACGGAUGAAUGGACCAGUCGAGGUCAAACUAAACCUUCUCCAAACGUUCCAUGUUCCAUUGCCAUUAAUCAUAAUAUGGCUUCAUCAGGAGGAACAACCCGUGUACAGUAUUUUGAACCCCUCGGUUUUCAGUCGCAAAAAGUUCUUUAUCAACAGACACAUACACUAAUGGGUGGUACACAUGCAAUGAAUGGUCCCUAUAAUCAGUCAUUACCGCAACCAGUUUUUGAUAUUUCACGUUCUUUAAAAGUUGAAAAAACUGAAUUAGAAAAGGAGUGGAGUAUGGUGCGUCGUCGUGAUGAUUUGGAAUUAUCAGAUUUAGUGCCAUUACCAGAAUUCACUAAGUUUCCUUCUUCACUUCCUCCGGAUGAUAUUGGCUCAGCUCUACAGUUACUAGAGUUUCUUCAUGUAUUUGGUCCACACAUUGGACUUGUUAUCCCACAAAUAGGUAAAUGUACAGAAGUGAUCGGUACGAAUUUAUCCCGUUCUACUCCUUCACUUACAUUAUCUACUUUGGAAAGUAGCCUUUUGGAAUCAGAUCCGUGUGGUCCUUUAGCCGAUUUCUUUAUAAGUAUGCUGUCUACUAUACGUAGGUUAGAACUGGACGCCAAUUCUCGUCAACCAACUCCAAAUGCUUCGGCCGCAACAAUUGCUGCAGCGUCGGCUGUUGCUGCCGCUGAAGCUGGUUUUUCUGUGAAUACACAAGUCUCCCAUGUUUCUGGAAUUGGAAUUGAUAAUAAUCCACUUUAUGAUGAGGAUGCAGUCGGUCCUGAAGACAGUGCUGUCUUCCGUGUGCUACGGGAUGCUGGAGCUUCAACUCGUUUAUGUGAACUUAUUGGUAUACCAACCCAAGCAGCCACCAUUGCUGCCGGUAAAGCUGCUGUGGCUGCUUCUGUUGCGUUGAACACAACAGGUGGAACUGUUGUAAAAGAGGAUUCAUCAGGGAUUUCAUCUUCAGUAUUUCCAAAUGCAAUUAACCGAAGUUCUGUUACACGUGCUGCAACAACGGCAGUCAUUGCUGGGGCUACAUCUUUACCACCAUUGGAUCGUGCUGGUCUUUCUGAAGCACUUUGGUUACACAUAACUAGUGCAGCUGCAAAAGGUGGGGGCUGGCGUGGUCAGAUUUGGGGAGGUACUCGACUUCUGGAUGACCCUUCCGUUAUGCUGGCCAGAAACAAUUCAGCUUUAGUUGAAAAGCUUAAAAAAGUGUCGGUUUAUGAACUAACUCCACAUGAAAAGUUGAUCUUGCUUACUACUUUGAUGGAUGAGCUCUUGCUUCAACCUCAGAUUCGAGAACGUAUGGAAGAUAAUUACGAACGUGUGCGUUUGUUACGCAAUCAGUUGCGCACUAUACAAGCUGAUAGAACUGUAUUGAUUAACUGUGGUACUGGAAUUGAGGAAGAACAAGAUGUUUUGACACAUAUGAAGAAAAUGAACUCCACAAAUGAUGGCCGUGUUCAUUUCGCUCCUGUUGGUCUUAAAGGACGCUUGGGCAGAGGAAGAGGUCGUCCAGUGGGUUCUGGUCGUACACUAAGCCGCAAAAAUACGCAACUAGAUUCGACAGUCGCUCCGUUGGAGAAAUUUUUGUCAGAUGAGGAUUAUACGUUAAUCAAUCGAAAGGAACAUCGACCCAAUUCAGAUACUGGAACAACAACUUCUUGUAUCUCUUCCUCAUCUACAGCUAAUAUAUAUGAAAAAUUGACAGAUUCAUUAUUAGAGGAACAAAAGUUACUAGACUCUAUUACUCAGGUUUCGCGUGGUUGCUCAAUGAUACCUCUUGGUCAAGACAGAUUUUAUCGACAAUAUUGGCUAGUAAUGUCUGUUCCAUGCAUACUGAUUGAGGAUUGCCCAUGUGUUGAUAAAAAUCCUUAUUAUACUCAUGUUACAAUUCGAAAUCGUCAAGUUGUAUAUACGUAUCCUGAACUUGCUAAACAAAUGGGUCUUAGUAGCUCUGAGGAGGCUGGUAGACAUUUACGGGAAAUAAUCAAUUCUAUUAAGGAUAAUGAAUUAUUAGAUAGAGAAGAAAUAACAUUUCGUGUUGCCGCUUAUCUACCGCAUCAGUCUUUAUCGUCAUCAUCAUCGUCGUCAUCAUCAUUAUCAGGAGGUUUAUCAGUCGAACAACUGCGAACUCUUGUUAAACCGGAACGUGUCAGUGUCCAUGACUCUUCUUUACAUAAUGCCUGUCCUGCAGUUAAACAAUUAGCUAAGCUACGAUGUUAUCCAGGGAAGUCAUCUCUGUCCACAACUGUCUGGUCGAUUCUCAUACCCGAUAAGUACAGGGAAUUGUACCAAAAAAAGAUGCUUGAUUCAAAUAAUCAUACUAUCGUUUCUGAUUCAAACACAGAAGUUGUUACAUCUUCCAUACGUGAUUGUUCUGAUACCCCUGUAAAAUUUGAAGAGUGUUAUAAUAACGUCAAUAACAAUUCUAGUGAUGAUAAUGAAUCGAAAUAUAAGACAGAUGUUUCUGACGAUAACAAAAAUUGGUCUUUGACAAAUGAUGAACUUGAUUUAAUGGUUGAACAAGCCAAAUGGACUAUUGAUUGUCUAGAAGCUUCAUUAAACCCUCGCGGUAUCCGUGAGUCUCGUCUUCGUAAAACGAUUGGUCAGUUGCGGCCUUUACUUAUUAAAGUACUUACCAUGUGUCCACCGGAAAUAAUUUGUGCAACGAACGAUAACUGUUCAACAGUAGUUGACAAGACAGCAAUUAGUACUCAAAUUGCAUCUGGAUCACUCGAACAUGUUGCUACCACUCCGGGGAAAUAUAAUUAUUCAGGUGGUAAAUCAACUCAUGCAGUCAUGUGUUCGUGGUUGGAAAUCGCUCUUGUUGGUAUAGGAUAUCGUCUUGGUCGUUUGGAUUUGAUUAAGCGUCUUUUGUUCAAUAAAAGCGGUAGUCUCACGGAAAAUUCAUCAAACACUGAAACCGAACUAUGUAAACAAGAUCUUAAAGAAUCUCUUCAAAAUAAGGGUUCCAAUGAAGUGGAAAAUGAUGAGACUGUCUCUGUGUCAGUUGAAAAUUGUACUGACAGUUCUAUGAAACUUUCUGAGGCUCUAAAAACUCCACUAAAUUGUAGUCCUGUUAAUCCGGAUGUAAAGCGUCUUUCACAAAUAAUUUUAUCACUGGGCCAUGAUGUUAGUCCAAAAGGAGUUGCUGGACCACUGGCGAACGAUGAAAGGACUUUGCGUAGUGAACCUAUUAAUAUGUCAAUCAACAAACAAUCAACUGAUUUAGAAAAUAUAUUUUCAGAAAAUACUGUACCAUCUGAAGUACAUGAUUCAAAUAUAACAGCUAAUUCUAAUAUGACCCAAUCAUUUAGAACUACUGGUUGGCAAAGAUGGUGUGUUAAUGUUGAACAGGCUAGUUCUACAGCACAGUUACAUUUAUUAGCACGUGCUCUUGAACGUGGAGCUCAUCGUGCUACCUUAGGUGGUAGAGGUGUGUCGUCUGCAAUUGCUAAUUAUGUCUCGCAACAUCCUUUACCCGCUCUAAAAUGUACUUCAUGUCGGGGUCCUCCAGAUGUUUUGACUCUAUCAACUGCAUCCGGCAAUCUGUCUGCAUUUUCUGUUUGCUCUGGUUGUGCUUGCCCCUAUCACCUGGAUUGUCUUCUUUCUUCAAGCAACCGACGAACUAGUACCCGACGAUCUCGAACCAAACAACUUGACAUUUCAGAUUCAAAUAGUCCGAAUAACAUUGAUUCAUCGUUUACUGGGUUUCUGAGCAAUUAUUCCUCUUUAUCCAGUGUUACAUCUGCUCGUCUUGAAGUGUUAGGUGGUAGUCUUAUAUUGUGUGGAUUUUGUCUUCGUUCAGCCGAGGCGUUAUUGUCAGGAGCAGAUAAUCCUACAGGGCUUUUACAGUCGAACAAUGAAGCAUUUGAAUUAUCUACUACAUUAGUAUAUACAAACGAAGAUUAUCCGGGUACUAAUGAAAAUACUUCACUCCAAAAGAAGACAAAUCGAGUUGGGAGAAAACGUCGUUCUGUUGUUUUUGACGAGUCUGAUGAUCCUACGUCAUGCGAUGGGAAUUCAGAUGAGAAAAGUGAUCAUCCUCUUGAGAAUAUGGAGGAGCUAAAUCCUGACAAAUCGACCGGAAAUCAGCAUACGGAAACAGGACACACAAAUAAUGUACAUGUAACUAGACGUCGUGGGAGACCUGCUCGUCUUCAUCGUGUAUAUAGUAGUCGUGGUCGUGGUCGUCGUUCAACGAAAUUUCUGUCAGAGAAAGUUAGUCAUUGUGAUAAAACUGUUGAACCGAACUUAGAAGUUACUUAUGCAUCACCCGCAUCAGUAGAUAUGUCAUCGAUCAGUAAAUUGUGUGUUACUGUGGAUGUUCAUUAUGAUGAUGAAGUCGAACAGUUGCUUAGUCCCUUAGAUCAUCAAAGUAAAAAACUCAAAGGAGACUCCGGGUCUGUAAAUUCAGCUUUAACAACAAACAAAUCAUGUCCAACUGUUGAACCUGAGGGAAAUUGUCGCUAUAAUUGUGUUUCACAAAUUACGAGUACCAAUGAUAGAGGACGUCGUUCUAGUCGUGGUCGUCCUCGAAAAUCUGAAGUUACUCUACCCAACCCCUCACUCGAAAGUCCUGAUUCAGUCAAUCCUUUAUCGUGUAGUCGAGAGCAGUUUGAUCAAGCUACUGCUGAAUGCUUCCUAUCAGAACUAUGUACGAUCAGUUCAGCACGUCCACUUCUCCGAUGUGGUCUUGGUCGAACUGUAGCUUUGAAUGAAUUAAAUCAAGCUAACGGUAAUUCAGAAGAUAGUUUCGUCGUUAAUUCCCUAUCUGAACGUUCUCGAGCAAGUCAUCGAACACGCUCAACAACAUCGGGUCAUUCUUCCGAGGACCGUAGAUUAUAUGCUCUAGAUUUGGUCGGGUUACAAGAGAUUUUGGCUCGUGGAGAAUUACCUCAGGGACCAGGACAAGUAAUCUCUCAGCUGCGACUACUUCUAUCUCAUUGGCUGCGCAGCAAUCGUCCUGGUAGUCGUUUGCAUCAAUGUGCUUCAGAUUUACUAGAACAGAUGAAUAAAAAGUUGAAAGCGUUACAACAAUUGAAUAUCCCCACUGUUAAUGAUAAUAUCAUUAAUAGUAACAAUAGCAACAGUAGUAGUACUGUUACUAAUUCUUUAAAUAACAGUAAUAAUAUUGACAGUGAAAAUCUAAGUCCUGUCAAUCACCACCAAUCACAACCAUUAUUCACUACUAGUCAUUGUGGAAAACGCAAACGGUAGUGAUGAUGAUUUUAUGUUAAUUGAAAUAUGCGGUUUUACAUUUAUUGUGUAUAUUUAUUAUUGCCUUUUUUAUUCUUUACUAUUUAUUUUUGUACAGUAAAAUCACUCUAUAUACAUAAUGAAUAGAAAAUGAGUGUUUUCACUAUCCCUUUCCGUCUUCGCUCUCUUUAAUAAGUCCUGUUUUGAUAAACGUAAGUAUGUUGUUACUACUUUUCUUAUUCUCCUCUCUGAACCACUUUUGAAAAUAAUGUCAAUUGAUGACCUCUUUCUUUUUGUUUCGAUUUGUAUAUGUUGAUCAUUUGUUUUUUUUUGUGUAUGUACGGUUUCGUUCUUUAUUACUAUAUGCAGACUGUUAUUGAAAUUGUAAUAAAAUAUAGAAAUAAACCAAUUAUCAAUACACGUAAUUCAUUUCUUUACUUUUAAUCUAUCAGUUAAGUCAUUUUUAUGUGAUAUUCUCAUAAUGUUUCAUAAAGGAUAAAGAGAUAUGUGUUUUUGAUUGUUUUGUAAGAGCUAAUGUUUAAUUUCACUUCUUGUUUUAUAGCUUAUUAAAGUGUUUAUCCAAUAAAUAUUGGAAGAUUUUUAAAAGCUUUUUCAAGUAGUUGGGUAAAUUGUAUUAUUGUUUUCUAUCCUUCAAUAAACGUUACCUGUAAGUCUUUAUUUAAGAAUUCUUAUUUACUCUUCAAGUUGGUGAAUUUAUUACUCAAUGAGAUAGUAUAGUGAAUAGUUUUCGUAACUAUUUUCUUUUAGUACAUUUUCUGUUAUUUAAAUUAUUAUCUUUAGAUAUAGUCUGAAACCAAUUUCAAGAAGACUGGCAAAAUAUCUGAAAGAAAGCAAACAAUAAGAUGUGAUAUGAUGUUUUUGUUUGUGCUGACCCUACUUACUUUUGACCGUAUCUCAUCCGAUUUUGAAUCGUUGGUUAUAAUCAAAAAGCAAACAACUUACUUUAUAAGUACUACUUGCCACCUCUCAUGCUGAUCUUAUUAUU